CUUAGCGCUGGCUCGGCAUCGAGCCGGAAGAAAACCGUGCGAGCUGUCAAAGCGGUGAAUGAACGGCUCGGCUCGGCGUUUGGACGGAGAGCACCAUGCUGGUGAAAGAGUUCCGGAUCGUCCUGCCUAUCUCAGUGGAAGAGUACCAGGUGGGCCAGCUGUAUGCAGUAGCUGAAGCCAGUAAGAGUGAGACUGGAGGAGGAGAAGGAGUAGAGGUGCUUGUGAAUGAGCCAUAUGAACAGAAUGGAGAGAAGGGGCAAUACACUCAUAAAAUAUACCACCUGCAAAGCAAAGUGCCUAAUUUCAUUCGCAUCAUUGCUCCAAAAGGUUCUCUGGAGGUUCACGAGAAGGCCUGGAAUGCAUAUCCUUACUGUCGAACAAUCCUUACAAACACCUAUAUGAAAGACAAGUUCAUGAUUAAGAUUGAGACGUGGCACAAGCCUGAUAUGGGGGAUCAGGAAAACGUACAUAAACUUGAUGAAAACGCAUGGAAGGGCACUGAGGUUAUUAACAUUGACAUUGCAGACAGAAGUUGUAUCUCUGAUAAGGACUAUAAGCUAGAACAAGAUCCUGCCAAAUUUAAGUCCGAGAAGACUGGCAGAGGGCCUCUGGGACCUGACUGGCAGAAAAAACUUGCUCAAAAUCCAAACUGUCCACACAUGUGUGCCUAUAAGCUUGUCACAGUUGAAUUCAAAUGGAUGGGACUGCAAAACAAGAUGGAAAGUUACAUCCAGAAGGUGGAGAAGCGCUUGUUUACCCACUUCCACAGACAACUGUUCUGCUCAAUUGACCAAUGGAUCAAUCUGACGAUGGAGGACAUACGACGAAUGGAAGAAGAGACACAGAAGGAACUGGAUGAGAUGAGGGAGAAGGAUGAAAAGAAAGGGAUGUCUGCUGAUGAGUGAAAAGAGGCAGUUCAAACCAUCUGAUACUGGCCGACGUGCUCGGACUGCACUCAUCAGACUGGAUCUCCAACAGCUUUGUAGGCAUAAUCAAGAAUACCUUCUGUCCAUCUUAAUGAAGAUUUGCUCUUAAUAAGAGCUAGUUAUUGUCAAGCACUUGUGCAUAUUGAUGUACUACAUUUGAAUACAACUUCAGCUGCUUUUAGUUUUUUAAGAUGCAAGUUAAGAGAUCUUCUUUUAGAACUAAAUAUUCUUGUUUAUGCCUAUUGGUUUCAUAUUUUAACAUAUUAGGGGAACU